GAGACACAAUGGGGCUUGGGAACUGGGCGGGGUAGGGUGAGGUGUCCGGCUACCCCGUUUUGUCCUCCAACCCAGCAGCACCCGGGAUACGCGGCCCCGCCAGGCAAGCCGAGCCGGAGCCACCGCCGCCUCCCACCCUCAGGUGCAGUCUCCACUAUGGGCUCCGACGUCUGGGUUGGGCCAUGGCGGCCUCACCGGCCCCGCGGCCCCAUCGCUGCGCUGUACAGCGGCCCAGGGCCCAAGUACAAGCUGCCGCCCAACACCGGCUACCUGCUGCACGACCCCUCGCGACCGCGCGCUCCAGCUUUCACCUUCGGCUUGCGCCUCCCGGCGGGGCAGACAACAUGCGGGCCCGGCCCGGGCUACCUGGUGCCGCCCCGCAUGACCGCACGGGGCACCGACGGCUGCCCUGCCUACUCCAUCCAGGGCCGCCUGCGACCCUCGGCACCCUUCUGCACUCCCGGACCGGGUACUUCCCGGAACGCUCGGGGAACGCCACGUACCCCAGCGCGCCUCGCCACACCAUCGCACCCCGCAACUGGGGUGUCCGAGGCUGGCACCAAACGCCAGGCCCGGGGGCCUACACGGUGCCCUCGCUCCUGGGCCCGCGCGUCGUCGGCAAGGUCUCGGCGCCCACCUACUCCAUCUACGGCCGCAGCACGGUGGGCAGCUGCUUCGAGGACCUCAGCAAGAGCCCAGGGCCCUGUGCCUACCACGUGGUGAACCCCGGGGUCUAUAAGGCUCGCGCCCCCCAGUUCACGAUGCAGGCGCGGACUUUGCCCCCCCAGGACAACACGCUCAAGCCCGGGCCUGCGGCCUACAACGUGAACCAGGUGGCCCCAAGGCUGCCGGUCCUGGGUGGGGCGCGUGGCCUGAGGCCCGCGAGGGUCGGGGCGACGAGAAACGCGGGCUCCAGGAGGUCAGCGGCAUCUCCUGGGUCCGCAGCAUCAGAAGCCCCGCGGCUGGAGCUUCGGGAUCCGGCACUCGGACUACCUGGCCCCGAUGGUGACCGAUGCGGACAAGUGACCUGGGGGAGGGACGCUGCCCGCAGGCUUUCAUUUAAAGUUUCCGAGCCAGCCGUGUGUCCGCCUCUCUGUCCGCGCGGUGGGUGAGGCCUGGCAGCGUAGAGCGCCCGGGGCAGUGGGGAGAGCUCCGCGGCCGGGAAGGCCUGCGCUCACCCGCAGCUGGGGAUUGGCCGAGGCAAGACGAGCC